UCCUCAUUCUCAUCAACGCAAGAUAGUCCAUGGACUGCUGAUGUCCCGCUAAAUUGGCUUACUUUAUUAUUUAGGUUCUUUUGAGUAUCGCAGAGGAACCGCUCACUUUUCAAUAAUACAGAAAACGGUUGUCCUUUUCGUUUGGUUACUAGUGCGCAGUAAUACAGAGACUAAAUACAUUUAAGAUCUGACAUUUAGAAUAGGUUAUAUUAAUUAACAUAAAUAGACGCAACUUCAAAUCAGGAUUCCCUCAUGUGAUACCAAGUCGGGACUGAUUGCUUCAAUCAUCGACGAUACACUUAUUUAAAAGACUUGUGCAACUUUGGAGUAACGUCUUACUAAUCAAGAAUCGAAUGCGGAACUUGCUUGGAGAGGAAAACAUAUAUGUAUAUUUUGUUUUAAGACAACUAAAUAAGCAUUUCAGACCUGAAAACCUGACUGACGUUUGAGUAUGUACAACAAGUAUUUGGUCGCGGUUUUGAAUUUUUCCAUUUUAGUGCGUGCGCUAGUGGCUUACGAAUGUGCGCCAUGUGAACUCCGGACGUGUCUUCAGAAGCCCCCGCAUACCUGCGAAGACGGCCGGACGCUGGCACGAGACCCAUGCGGAUGCUGCGACCACUGUAGUCGGCUGGAAUGGGAGCCUUGUGGCGGACCAGACUGGACCUUAGGCUACUGUGGCUUGGGGCUGACCUGCGCGGCUGUCAAUAGUACGACAGCUGUAACUCUGCCUGAAGUGGGAAUCUGCAAAGUUUUUCCAGACAGUCCCGAAGCAGGAGUGGAGGAUGAACGAUGCCCCCUUCUGAGCGGAUGCAGCAGGUCGGGUGGGCAGUGCUUCUGCGACACACGCAGAGCCUGCAUCAGCACCUUCACCUACCCCAACAUGGAGGCCUGCAUGAGAGCCACCAGGACAGAGAACGGGCACCACAACAGGGAACACAGGGAGAGGCACAAGUUUGUGGGCCCCUCCAACCCUGCCUGCAUGUUCUCUGGGUGCAACCUGACGGCCGAGGGCUGUGUGUGCGAGUCCCAGAGCUGCAGCCAUCACUUCACCUACAUCAACCGCUACCAGUGCCAGGCUGCCGCAGAGGAGCUAAAGUGCGCUGGGAUCACUUGCCCAAGCCUGCCAGCGCUGAACUGCCCUGUGGACUCGGCCCUGAGUAAGCCCUACACGCCCCCUGCUGGAUGCUGCCCUGAGGUGCCACCCAUGUGCACCUGUGACCUCCGUAAAUGCCAGAAGCCAGAGUGCCCUGGCAGACAGCAGCAGGUCCUGCUUAAAGCCGCAGAGGGUGUCCCUGGAGACUGCUGUGACAUCUACGAGUGCCAAAGAGUUUCUCCCAAGUGUGCCCACAACGGGAAGGAGUUUUCCGACGGUGAGGUUUACCGCAUGGAUCCAUGUUGGCUCUGCCAGUGUCGAGGAGGGAUCUCCUUCUGCUCAAAAGCUGAAUGUGCUGAACUGGACUGUGAGAGCUUCUACAUACCAGAGGGAGAGUGCUGUCCCGUCUGCAUAGAUGUGGAGCUGCUGUCGGUGGACAGCGCAGAAGCCAGCUGCUGGGUGAACAACAAGCUGCGGCACCACGAGGAACAGUGGAAGGAGGACGACUGCACCUUCUGCCAGUGUGUGGACGGGGAGGCCCACUGCACCGCCAUGGCCUGCAAGCAGAGCUGCCAGAACCCCGUCAAGAUCCCCGGGGAGUGCUGUCCCUUCUGCGAGGAGCCCUCUUAUGAGACGGUGAGCCCCAUUCUGUGUCCUCGUCUGGAGAACUGCACUCUGUCUGGGAAGGACUGUCCCUAUGGCUUCCUGCAGGACAAGAACGGAUGUCUGCUCUGCCAGUGCCUCAACAAUGAUUCCUGCCCUGACCUGGAGAAGUACUGCACUCUGCAAUGCCCCGUUGGCUAUGAGAAGGAUGACUUUGGUUGUGAAGUGUGCGAGUGCAAACCUCCAACGCCCAAAUGCCGACCACUAUCUUGCAGCAAGACCUGCCCUUAUGGUUAUGCGAGGAACAAACACGGCUGUGAGAUGUGUCGCUGUGUAAAAUGUGCACCUUUCGUCUGUGACAAACACUGUGCCGACGGCUACAGGCAGAACAAGAAAGGCUGCUCCAUCUGCCACUGCAAAGAGAGUAGCCAUACUCCAAGCACCACGACCCCUGUUCCAGCACUCAGCUACUGCCUGACUGCCAACGGGCAUCGCUACGAGGAGGGGGAGAGCUGGCACGACGGCUGCCGGGACUGCUACUGCCACGGCGCCCGGGAGAUGUGUGUCCUCAUCACCUGCCCCGCGCCCAGCUGCCCUCACCCUGUCGUCAGGCCCGAUCAGUGCUGCCCCACCUGCGAGGACGAGUCGGGCAGUGGACAGCCUGAGGGAGUGGACCUGGUGGUGUGCAGAGCCCCCGGGGGGGAGUUUUACGUGGAGGGCGAGACGUGGCAACUGGACGAGUGCACACGCUGCACCUGCAGGAAGGGCCGGGUCUUGUGCGACACAGAAGUGUGUCCCCCUGCCCUCUGUCCGGCCCCCAACAGGAACAAGGACACCUGCUGCUACGUCUGUCCAGAUGACCAGCUCAAGCCUCUGCUGCCAGUCAACAGCAGCGAGCUGGACUACUGCGUGUCCAGCGAGGGGGAUGUUCUCCUGGCCGGGGACUCCUGGAAGGCCAACGCCUGCACCAGCUGCACCUGCAGCAACGGCACCAUCCAGUGCUUCUCCCAGCGCUGCCCGCCCGCCAACUGCAGGGUGCCCGUGCUGAGGAAGGGCCAGUGCUGCCCACACUGCCUGGAUAUUACAACAACCACGACUCCGUUGAUGGUGACCACAUCACCGACAGAGAGCACGACUGUGGUGGAAGACAGCGGAAUCUGGACAACACCUGAUAGGCUGCCGCCCAUCGUUGUGGCCACAGAUGGGAAAGGCCUUGGUGAGGGUUUCCCCAGCCAGGCUGAGGUGGUGCUGAUCUACCAGUCGGCAGCCUGGAUCCUCGCUGGCCUCCUCCUGGCCAUCGUCAUCUUCCUGAUCGUGGCCCUGCUCAUCAACAAGAAGAAGAAGUGGGUGCAGAUGUCCUGCUACAGUGCACCUAAAAAGACAGUGAUCCUGAAGAAGCACGUGAACAAGAACUCUGUGGUGUACAUGGAGCCGUCGAAGGAGAACAAGUUCCAGAACGUGAAGAACGACUGCGGCGUCAACUUCUCCCCGGAGGCCGGCUCCCCCUGCGGGGAGAGGAUGGGCAUCCCCCGCGCCAAACUCAGCCACGGGCCCAGCCGAGUACUGCGCUAAGUACUCCCCCCACACCCCCCGCGGGUGAAGCCCAGAGCUCUCUGUCCUUCCUCAAACACUUCCGCAAAAAAAAAAAAAAAAAAAUCACAAGAGAAGCACGUCUUGGAUACUCAAAGGCCUCAUCAAGUCACCUCCCGCUUGUGAAUGAAGUCCCAGCGCUUCAGUGCUGUCUCAUGACUUUGUUUUAUUUUGUUGUCGUUUCCAACUUCGGAGCUUUAAGUUGCCAUUUUGUCGCCACAAGGGAGAAAGGGAGCCAGACUUACCAGGACAUGGACCUGCUGUGCAGGAGAGCACUUACAGUAAGGGGGCCAGGACUGUGAAAGCGAUCUCAUAUCCUCUCUUAGUGAGCAGUGGCAAAAUAAAUGACAACUGGAACAUUGCUGAUAAAUGCCAUUAUAUUAAAAAAAAGCUUUAGGAUGAGUGGAUUCCAAAACCUUUUAUGUUUUAUAUUUACAUGUGUAUUAGUAAUUGUAAUAUUAUUCCUAGUAAUUUCUCUGCUAUUGUUACUGAUGUAUUGCUGGUGGCAAAAUUAACAUUUAAAGCUGUGAACGCCUGACUAAACAUUCCGUGCAUGUGGGUUCUUCCCACUUAAGUCUGUUCAUUUCAAAGUUAACACUCAUGACCGUCAAUAUUUCUGAACAUUAUGUGCUUUUGAGGCCCAUCAAGGUCCAGCAUUAGCACAAGAUGUACAUUUCUAUUUUAACAAGUUUACUCUGUUUUAUGUAGCUUCAAACAUUGUGUAACCAUACCCUGCACAGUUUUUAAAAAAGGCUCUAUCUUUUGGAAACAUGCCUGAAAUUGUGCUUCUCAUAUCACAAGGUACCAUUAUUAGAGGAUGAAAUUAUUUUGUGUGAAGGAUCAGCUAGCUGCCUGUCCAUUUCCGCCUGCAACAGUGCCAUGGCAGCAUUGACACAAUGCAAAUAACCAGUCAAACAUCUCGUAUUCUUUGAACCAAGGAGGAGCCAUGGUAAUGGCACCAGAGAUUUUUCUUCAGCAGAACCAGAAGAGCCCUGGCAGAACCUGGUUGUCUACUCUCCGGAACCAUCCAUCUGGAGUUCUCUGGGGAAAUCAGGAAUCAGGAUGGCAUGCUUUAAUGGCUUUCUUACAGCAGUUCAUUCAGAGUUAAUAUAUUUAGAGAAUGUAAAAAUACUAUUCUGUAAUCAUCCUGAAAAAGGAUUUUUUUUCAAAGCCUUAUUUAUUUCCAUUCACACUCCAGUGUUUAUGGCAAUGGUGUAUGAGGCCUGAUGUGUGUUGAGUUCAUGCCUGGUUUGCUUUUGGAAACUUUUGGCACAGAAUGUUUAUCUGACAUGUUUGGAGGUUCUUCCUUUGUUAGAAACAGACAGAAUUGAGAAUUCUGUACUCUAACAGGUAUUUUCCUUCUUUUAUUGCAAAGAUUGUCCAUCUGUCUUAGAAAAGGUCUGUGGCAACGACUAGUUUGUGGCAAUAUUUUAUAUUUAGUGGGUUAUUUUGAAAUGAGCUGUGAAAGAUGAACACAUGAGAAUGUGUUCAAUUCAAAACACUUGUGAAUUCCCUGCUAUCUUGCAGGUUUACAGGUGUUGCACGCUAGUUUGAUAAAAAAAAAUGAGAAAAAAAAGGCAUUGUCAAUUCAUAUAAACCACUCGUGUAUACACUAACCGCACUGCUUAGCACAGUUCCAGAGACAUCUCAAAUGGCCGGUAUUUUUUACUAUUCUCACUGUAAAUGGAAUGAUGUAGGAGUGUUUCUAAGCUAUAUGGUCUGUCAUUCACAAAGAGUAUCAUGAUGCCAAAGCAAAAAACUGAAAAAAGAAAAGGUUGAAAAAAGAAUGAUUUUGAAUUGAAUGAACUGCAACCACGUGCUUUAAAAUGCUACUUGUAAAAGCUUUUGCAGUUGUUUUUUUUUGUCGUUGUUGUAAUUUCUAUGUGUAAAAAGGUAGAUGAAAGUAGUGGAAAGAAAAGUACCUUAUUUAUUUUUUCACAUAGCUUUAUUUAUUAAUACUAAACUAUAGUUUAACACUUUGUCAGCUUGGUAGCCAAAGCUGCUGUACAUUUUAAGUAUUGUAAGCCAUUCCCUCUUAUCAGCUCUUCUUUUCAGGCUUAUUUAUUUUUGCAGUUGCAAACUGUAAAUAUAUAAUUUCUUAGAUGUUGAACUGUAAUAUUUACACUUGUUUUCUUGAAAAAAAAUAAACUGUGUGAACCAUA